AUGGCCAACCGGGCACGGUUGCCGGCCACCGCAGAAGUGUUUUUGGAGCAUUGGUCCUUCCAGUUGCCCCCGACUUGUUCGGUGGCGCCCGUCGGCGGCCCCGGCCGUUGGGGCUCGGCCUCGGCCUCCGAGCCCCCCCCCCCCCCCACCGCCCGGUCCCCGCCCUCCCCGCUGAUUGGCCGGCGGCGCCCCGAGGGGGCGGGAGGCCCGGGCGGGCGGAGCAGGUGCCGGGCGAGCCGGAGGACGCCCGCCGCGGCCCCGCCGGGCCAGGGGGGGGGGGCCGCCGCCGCCGAGCCCCCGACCGGCCCGCCGCCAGCCGCGCCGCCCACCGUCACCAUGACCACCACCGUCACCAUGACCACCACCGUCGUCGUCACCACCGCCACCACCACCGUCGUCGCCACCGCCGUCGUCACCCCCGCCGCCGCCGGCGGGACCGGCCCGCCCUCCCCGUCCGCCGCCGCCGAGGAGGAGGAGGAGGAGGAGGAGGAGGAGGAGGAGGGUGCCGAGGAGGAUGCCGCCCAGCCGGCCAGCCCCGCUCCCCAAGAGUUCGUGUGCAACUGCAGCCUGGUCGGAAGCCUGAAUGUGACUCAGUGUAACCAAACCACAGGACAGUGCACGUGUCACCAGGGCUACACGGGGCUGCACUGCGAAACCUGUGAGGAGGAGUUUUACCGGGACGAGCCCCAGGGGCACUGCCUGCCUUGCAACUGCAGCACCCAAGGAGCCGUCAGCUCCCUCUGCAGCAGCUCUGGGAAAUGUCAGUGUAAAGUGGGCGUGCAAGGUGUCAAGUGUAACCAGUGUCAAGAUGGGUAUUACGGACUCCAUCCGAGUGGCUGCGUGCCCUGCCAGUGCAGUAAUCGCUCUGCCAGUUGUGAUGCCAUCACAGGGGCUUGUCUGAACUGCGAAGGAGACAGCGAAGGAGUCCAUUGUGAAGAUUGUAAAGCCACUUUCUACAGGAAUGCCACUGCUCCCCACUCAUGCGUCCGCUGCCCGUGUUCAGAAGUGACAUCUACCGGCACCUGUCACAUAAAAAGCGGACAGCUGGAGCCCGAAUGCGAUCGGUGCACGGAGGGUUACACGGGAAGGAACUGCAACAAGUGUGACCACGGCUAUUACAACUCCGACAGCAUCUGCGUGAAGUGCGAGUGCCACGGCCACGUGGAUGGGGUCAGACACCCCCAGAUCUGCAAGCCCGAGAGCGGCGAGUGCAUCGAAUGCCUCCACAACACGGCGGGGUUUCACUGUGAACAGUGCCGGGAAGGUUUCACCCCAGGCCUCGAUGGAAACAACUGCACCGAGGAAGAAGUCACACCAGAGGUGCCAACCACCAGGAGUCUUACCCCUUGGGCCUCCAACGCCACACUGCCGCCGCCUCUGCCCACCACGGUACCAAACAGCACCUUCUCCCCCACCACGGCGCAGACGAUACUUUCCGUAGGCUCCUCGGAAAACAGUACCUCGGCGUUAGCCGACGUCUCGUGGACCCAGUUUAACAUCAUCAUCCUGACGGUCAUCAUCAUCGUGGUGGUGCUGCUGAUGGGGUUUGUGGGGGCCGUGUACACCUACCGGGAGUACCAAAACCGGAAACUGAAUGCCCCCUUUUGGACCAUCGAACUGAAGGAGGACAACAUCAGCUUCAGCAGCUACCACGACAGCAUCCCCAACGCCGACGUCUCCGGCUUGUUGGAAGAUGACGGCAACGAAGUGGCCCCCAACGGACAGCUGACGUUGACCACCCCCAUGCACAACUACAAGGCCUAAGCCAAGAGCCAGCCGGACUCGUCCAAGGCCGCUGGCCUGUGGAGCCCGCGGCCGGAUCCAGGCCGCGGGCGGCGGGGGGGCAACUCGGGGCCGACCCACCGGUCAGUGCUGGCUGAGAAAGGCUGGGAGUUUAGCGUGUCGGAAAUUUUCAGAUGGAGACGGGGAGCGCGUUCACCUCGGCUCCCUCCGGUUCCCCCCGCGAAGACCCUGUAGAGUUCGUGGUUGGAAGGGACUUGAUGGAAAAUCUAUUUUUGUACCAAACCACCCCAGGGUGGGCCAAGGUCGCACUCCCCCGGUGACCCCCCAAAUCACCUGCCGUUCUUUUCAGCUCACCUCCGGGGGAAGCCAGACUGAGCCA